AUGGAUGUUGAUACACCAACCGAUACUGCGGCUGACGUGAUUGACCAGCUUCCGAGCCCAACAGCAGCAAUUGAGGUCCUGCGCCUCUUAAUCGCUGCAGAUGCAUUUCCUCGAGACGUCGCGUUCGCAUGGUUCGUUCACCGCCAGUUUCCAAUUAGCUACGUCAACAGCACUCUCCGCUGCUGCGGCCGCGUCGUACACCCCCCCCGGGAGGUCGCCUUCACAUUCGGCACUUCCAAACACAACGCCCAACAGCAACAGGAUCGACGACACGGCGGCGGCGGACAACACCACGGGGGUGGCGCGGGGGGCGGCGACGGCGACCCCCCCGAGACGUUGUGGAGGCUGGUUGCCGGGGAGUACCCCAGCUGGCCGCCCCCCGCGUCCGGAUCCGACUUCGACUUGGUGGCCGCAAACAACGACUGGCGGCCCACGCUGGCGUCACAGCUGGCAGGGCCCAUGUCCCGUUUCGCCACAUUGCUCCAUUCCUGGAUGCGGCCGCACUUCCUGGACGCCAUGUUCCUGGACCGGGCCAGGGAGAGGUACGGACGUUUUCUGGAUCUGUUAGCAGCUCAUCCCGAGAGGACCCUGGUGCCCUCCGCCGACAUCGCCCUGAUGUGGCACACCCACCUGGGGCUCAGCGGCAGUUACGCAAUGUACGGCAUGGGUAAGGGGGAGACCGCCAAGACCGGCCCUGCCAGAGCCGCUCAUACCAACGGCGGCACCGGCGGCGGCUUGGCAGCUGCGCCCAUUCGUCCCACGUAUUUGGAUUUGGAGGGCGUGCCGCUUCGUGUAGCGUAUAACGAAACGGCACGACUGUACGAACGGAUGUACGGUGAGCCGUACGACAGCCGCGACACUGCUUGGCUACGGCCCUGGGAGCUGCACCCCCUGGCGGGGCCCUGCAGUCCCCUGGCCUUCGCCCUGCGCCGGGCAUUUGACGACGUGCCCUCCGCCGCCGUCGCCGCCGAUGCCGCCACCGACACUGGCGCCUCCGCCGAAGGCCCCUCGGAUCUGACAUCCAACGGCAGCGGCGGCCCCAUGGACAUCAGCGGUGGCGGCGGCCUGUUACACCUCAGUCGCCGUACGAGCGGCGGCGCCAGCGGCCGCAGCGGCGUGAUGCGCUACAGCCCCGCCGCCGCCGGCUGUUCUGCACGUUCCUCCGUGCCGGUGCGGAACCGGUCGGCACCGCAGCUACAUCUACAGCUACAGCAGCAGCAGCAGCACCCCCGUGCCGGUGCACAUGCUCUCUUCGCGGCCUGGCUGGUGUCCACCUCCGCGGGGAACUUCUUCGACCGCCAGACGUGCGGCGGCCUGUGCUUCCGUAACAGCUGGAGCAUCAAGAUCGGCACCGUAGAACGAAUGGUGACACCGCUCGUACUGCUGCCGUACAUGCGGGGCCUGCCAGACAGCAGCGACCAUCCAUUCCUGGAGGCCCUGUCGUUGCGCCCGGGUGGGUGGCGGCCGCCGACGGGGGGUAACCAGACGGCGGGGACGGCGGCAGCGGAGGCGGAGACGGAGGCGGUGGAACAAGAGCAAGAUCAAGGGGGGGUUCUGGAGGGGGGAGGAGUUGGAGAGGAGCCUGGAGGGGUGACGGAGGUGGCGGUGGGGGUUUCGGGGGCGUCCUGUAAGGACUGUGUAGGGGGUUCCCAAUCCGCCUCGGAACAGGGGGGGGAGGGCGACAAGGAAAUCGGCGCCACCAGCGGAGGCGGUGAAUGGAGUCGUACACUGCGAGAGGAGGACGAGGAGCUUUCGUCGUCGGGCGGCGAUGGGGGAAAUAGCGGCGGUACCAGCGGCGACAGCGGCGGGGCCGCUGCCGGCAGGGAGGGCGGCGGCGGGCAAGGCGGGGCAGGGGGGUGGCGUCGACCGACCGCCAAUACCGCCAAUACCGCAAACAGUGACGGCGGCGACGGCAGCGGCGGCAACGAUUGCAGCGAUGUCAGUACAAAGCGCUUCGGUGAUGAUCGUAACCAGCAAUACGGCAGUACGGCACCACUGUGGGGCAUUUUGCGUCGACCGGAGUACGUCAGGCGUGCGCAGGCGCUGUUCCGCCACUUGUGGCUGGAGCUGGGCCGGCGGGGCUCUGACCACCCGUUACUGUCGGAGACACGUUCCGGCCGUGGGCCACCGCCUAGCUGGCACGGCCCACCGCUACAAGCGCUGAGGUCCCUCAGGUAUCCGGGGGACCGGGUGAUACCGGUGUAUAGAGUGACCACCUGGCGGCCGCUGUUAGGUCGUCAGCCGCAUAAGGCCCUCGCGUCCGAACCGCUGAACCUCCCCGAGAGGCCACAGGUUGGGGGCCACAUAUAG